AUAAGUGCACGCAAUAUAUACAUAUGCACAUAUAUGCCCUUAUCUCUUACUACAUUAAAAAAUUUAGAACUAGAAGUUAUCUAGAAAUUGACCUCAACUAAUUUUCUUGAUAGAGUGAGAAUGAGAGAGUAAAGUGAGAGUGAGAGUAUCAAUCCUAUCGCUAUUAAAAGGAAGGAGCAAACGUUCCUGACUCUCUCGCAGUGACACCUAAAAUAAACUCCAUUUAACAAGAGAAGAGAACGAGAUCACGGAUACACGUUGCGUACAAGAACAGCCUCGUGCCGAUGGAAAGACUCAGUCGGUGCGUCUCCAUGCUCUUCAAUGUUGUGCUGUGUUUCGAGAGGAGCUAUCGCAGGGGCGGACCAAGGGCCGCCCUAUGAUCACUGUUCGACGAUAGAGCAACUUAUCAACUUAACAGAAAUAGUCCAAGUCGAACAAUCCCGUGAAUCAGAUGUGCCGCCCAUCCUUCUGCCCGCACGGACCUUUAUGCCGCAGUCGUUGGACAAGCACUCGAAGAUUUGCGAGCGAUCCGCGAACAAGAAGAGGAAGCCCUUCGACUCAGCCAAACAGAGGAUCCAGGGCACCGAGUUGGCAGAGUUUCUACCCAAGCAAGAGAAGAAACGACGUUCACUGGAUGAUAAAUUCUCCAAUACCAAAUCCACUUGGAAACAAACGCAUGAUGAUUUUCUACGGGCUAUCCGCGCAGCACGCAACGAGAUCGCAGAUUCUACGAUGCAGAAACAGUGUGGCACAACGAUCAUAUCAAAUGCACCAACACGCGCUAACGAACAGGGCAUGUGUCCUACCUGUAACCGGCAUUUUGGUGUCAAGGCAUACGACAGACACGUGGCCUGGUGCAAGGAAAGAAUUACACGAGCGCCGGUCAGCCCUGCGACGAACAUCGCCAAGGAACGUCUUGAAGCAAGGAUGAAAUAUCGAGCUCCAGUGUUGAAGAGUCGUCGACAAGCAACCCGCGAGAAGUAUUCUACAGGCUCAGCGAUCACCCUGAGUUCCGGCAACAAAACGUUGCCGACACUGGCAGCUAAUAAUAAAGCCAAAGAGAGCGCAUCAGCACCGAGUUGCAACAAGACCAAAGACAACCCCGUUAAACAGAAAUCGACUGUCGUAAGACGUCUUAGUCAAACGAGAGAGUCCUCCAGCCCUACGGUUCCGAUGAAGUCACGAUUGAUAGAUCGUAUAAAUAGACCACUGGAAGACGAGGCCGGACCGGUUACCUUUCGACCUGCUUCCCCUGUUAAAAGAACCUCUCACCUCCCUGUUCCGCCCUUAAAACAUAAGAAAGAAAAUUUCGAAGAAUGCAACAGCGUCCCCUUGCCAAGAUCGUACAGCAAACAAUCGAAAAAGACGCAAGGAAUAGUGAGACAAGAUAAAACCACGAGCCAGAAAACUAAACAAGACGAGAGGCAUCAACUAUUACAUUCUGCUAGAUCAUUGAAAGCGAACAUCGUUUCUGCUAGAAGUCAAGGCAAUCCAACAUUAAACGAUAUUUCGAUUAACGACGACAUUAUGGGUGUCACUGUGAAGUCAUGCAUCAUAUAUAGAGAAAAUCAGUUGAUAACGUGGAAACAGCUUGUGGAAACAAAUCAAGCGAAAGAUGUGAAAGAAAGCAUUAAGGAUUUAUCUUUGAACGAAAAGCAAAUGGAAAAUGUCGAAUUUGCAUUAAGUAUGAAUGUGGAAAACACGAAUCGGUCGACUGCGUCAACGACGUUGAAUCAAACGUAUUCGUUUAAAGAUUCGCUAAUGAGUGAUAAAACUGAUGACAUGCAUAUUACGAGGAGUAAAAAAUGGAAACCAGUAAGACAUAGUCCUCGUGUGGAAUUCUGUUUAGGAGAUUUGGAUAAAAUGAGUCACAUUUAUACUUCUUCGAUUAAUUCCGUUGUCUCUGAAGAAGCGAACACAACAAGCGAUUCUAGAAAUUCUUGUAGGGAUUUAAAACUGGGAACUCUUAAAACAAAUGUGUCAAAGCAUUCCGUAAUAAAAGACGAAAGAAUGAUAAAUAAGAUGCAAUCUCAAGAAGAUAAUUUUUAUUUCGAAACCUCAGAUGCAAUAUCGCCUUCUGAAAGUUUUAAAUCAUCGAGGGAUAGAAUUUUAGAGAAGAAGCAACUAAAACCGACCACUUCUGCUGAUUCUUUUGCACAAGGUAAUUUUGAAGAUAAUGCGGAGAAUUCUUGUAAUAAUUUCAAAGUUAUGCAUUCACAAAAAAAUUUGUGUGAAAAUAGCGAUAUUCAUGCAUUGAAUACCAAUGUACCUAUAAUAAAAGGAACAGGACUAUUAGAUUGCAAAAAUUUACAAACUAUACAUGCAAAUGAAAGCGUUGGCGCGAUAGAAGAAAAUGUAAAAGGAAACAUACUGCCUUUACUUGAAGAAAAUUUGCUAUCUUCAAUUUCUUAUGGACAAUUUGCAGACAUCUGCAAGAUAAGUGAACCCGAAAAAAAUAAAAAAAUUGCUAAUAGUAAUAUGCAGGAAGCAAAUCAAGAGGUAACUCAAUUAAUGUUACAUAAUGAUCAACAAAAUAAUGAAUGGAGUAAACGAAAAUAUAUUAAAACUGCCGACAAUGAUAAUGAUGAACUUGAUAUUGAUACAAAAAAUUCGAUUCGAUCGAUACAAAGUCAAUGUGAAUAUUCUACGAGAAAUGAGAAUAUUAAUAACGAUGCGUUUCAUAAUUCUGAAACAAAUUGGAUAGAAAUGGAAACUAAUCCAUUUGAUACAGACGUUAUGUUACAACCAACUAGAUCAAGCACACCAUUUAGGAACAUUGAGAAUUAUUCGGAAUUCAAAUGCGAGGAUUACGAAAAUUUUAAGAAAGAAUUAUGCCUACUACCAGAAAAUUCCGAAUGGAAAGUGGAAAUUGACACGCAAACAGGAUCUGAGAUGUUAUAUCGGGUUGAAAGCAGACAUUUAAAUUCUUUAAACUCCAGGCAUUCGUCUCGUGGUAAGAUUGGUGAAUCGGAAAAGAUUAAUUUUGCAGUUAGUCCCUCUAACAAUAGACAUAACGAAUGUAAUAAGAAUAUAGAAGGUUCCUCAACAAUUUCGUCUCCGAUAGUACAAAGAGAGAGAAAAGUUUUGUUAAGAGAUACGUGUUCCUUGUUAAAAAAGAAAGGAGAAGGCUUCUUGAACGUUACAUCGCCAGUGCAGAAAGAAGAGCAAAUAGAAUUUCCAGAAGUGCAGAAAAAAGAAGUUGCGAAUCAAAUAAAUAUUUGUAACUGUCCGGCGGAAGUUUCCCUAAAUUUCAAAUGUGAGAACAAUGUUGGCGAAGCAUCUGUUAAUAUUAAUGAAAAUUCCUUACAUUCUGAGAGUCAAGUUUGCGAUACAUUGUUAAAUACGAAUGUUCUAGCAAAUAAUCUUAUGGAAGAGUCUUCGGAAGCACAAAGUAAAAUAAAGUUUAACGAAAGUAAUUAUAAUUGCAAUCUAACUGAAUCUUUAGCGAAUCAUUUCGGUGUAAACCCGAAAAAAGAUGAUUGUUGUUAUAAGAGAGAAUAUACUGUUAUUGAAGAUAAUAAUAAUUCAAAGAAUACGUCAAAUAUAUCCGAGAAAUCGGCCGUGAAAAAAGAUGGCAUAAGCGAAGAAGUGCAAGAAAUCUACAAAAAUUGCUCGGUCAAAGAUUUCGAUUGCAAUAGUGAUAACAGCAUCGAACGUCGUGUACAAGAUAAUAUAAGUAACUUCAAAUCUGUCACUGACAAAAACGAUAGAACCAAGCAGAAUUCCCGCAGUUUACGAUCGAUAGUUUUGUCAGAAUCUUGCUUCAAAUUAAGUCAACGAGUUCGAUUGCAUGACUCAUUAAUAAAUCGAUCGACAGCCUUGAAACCACAUCGACCGAAAACGAUCGAGGUAGAAAAUAUGAGUAUUUUGAAUGAAAGCAGCGAUAGUUUAGCAUCAUCCGUCGAUGCAGUAGAUCUCACGGAUGUGAAGCAAGUCGAAUCUGUUGAAGUGGAAACGAUCGAGGAAAUUGGUACAAGAAAUAGAAGUAUCAAAUUUAGAAUAUUGCCGGAGAUUAAAAGCCAUAUGAUAAUGAAAAAAAACUGCAACGAAAAGGAGAAAAUCGAUAAUCAAACGUAUUGGGAGAAGGCAUCGAAAGCUUCGAAGAAUAGAUUGAUCAAUCUCGAUCCACCGCAUCAGGAGGCGAGCAGGUUUCUUAAGAGAAAUCCAAAAUUUCGCAUUCUCCCAUCUGUUCCCAGUAACUCUUCCUUGAUAUGUCACAGGAAUAUAAAACUGCCAUUACGUCCCGUAUGGAGCAAUUAUGUGCGCAGGAGACCGGAUUUUAAUCUCGUACUUAGCGGUAGAACCGGCAGGGAUUACGAUCCUUUCUUACUAGCAGAGCAGCAGAUGAAUGACCUGCUGUCGGACACCAGCGAACAAUCCGUGACGGACAGUCAGCCGAUUGAACAAAACCAAGAUUCCUCUUUUCCUCUUUCUCAUUCCUCGGCUUUCGUCAAAUAUCCUUGCCAGCCAUCUCUUUCGAGUCCUGAAAAACGAUCGUCCUUGAUAGCUCCUCCAUCGGAAUUCGACGAUCUCGUGUCAGAUUUCUCGAGCGAUUCCACCGAGACUAACUCGUUAUCACAAGAAGCUUUUUUCAAAGAUCUCAAAGAGAACAAGGAAUUCAAAGGUUCGAUUUGUAAAACGAAGCUAGAAAAGAAAUCUCCCAUUAGAGAGUUAGGUAGGCGAAUAAUUAUCGAUAAAUCGAAAGCUUUAGGCGGUGAAGUAAUCGACGCUACAAAUUGUGGUAGUAGAAGUUUUGUUGGUAACUCGGAAAGAGUUCAUAAAAUUCUUGACAAAGUCUCAACAAAAGUUAUUCGGCCUAACGUUAAUCGCUCCGUUUCCGUUCGGUCGUCCUCCGCAUCUAAAACUACCCCGGAUCGAAAAAAUUUGAAUAAUUCUCAUGAAAAAAGAUCGUUUCAUAAAAAUAGCGAUACCUACAAGUCAUCGAAUAACAGUCUAAAUAGCAGGAAUAAUAAUUAUACGAACCUUUCAAGCAGUAAUUUGAGCCUUAGCUCCAUAAUAUCUUCGGAUGUGGACAUCAAACGAUCGAAUUCUGUGUUCGACGAAUUGAUGACCUCGUUCGAGAAUGAAAAUAGUUCCUUCCCCUCCUUGAAAUCCUUCAUGAAAAGUGAUUCCUUAUCCGUAUCUAGCCCUGUUCACGGCAGACAACGCAAUGGACAAAUUAGCGAUGAGGAACUAUCUUCGCCCGAGAGCUACAAAAGACAAGAUUACAAUAAAAUGAGCGCCGAUUCCGCUUAUAGCAGUUUAAAUCGCAAAUAUUCGCAUCAUGGACGCAGCACUAACGAUGUGGUCGGAUGCUUCGACGAGGAUUUGUUGAGGAACAAUCGUCAAGACAGCGAUGGAGUCACGAACAUGACCAAAUGCAAGAUGUCCAAAUAUUGUCACCGAUGUGGUUUCAAAUUCCCGGAAACUGCCAAGUUUUGUUGCGAAUGCGGUAUCAAAAGACUCGUGCUUUGAAGCACUCGGCUGAUCGACCGAUAAAAACAACUUUGAAGCACAAGGAAUCGACUCUGAGUAAAUUGUUCUAGCCUCGAAUCGAUUGCAAAAGCUUUUUAAACGAAAGGGACUAUAGUCUAUAAGAAACUAUAGUUUAAAAUUGCAGACGAAAAACCGAUUCAAACGUAUAUAUAAACAAUCGUAAUAAGCAGGUACUCGAAGCACGAAGGAUAAAGUAUCGGCACAAAGGAAUUGAAAGAAGAACUAUCUUAAAUAUUCGUGAAAUCAUUAGAGAAAAGAAGAUUUUUUAUUCUUGCAGUUUAGAGUUAGACCUAUAUACUUAUGUGCUCUAGUUACUGGUUUUCGGUCAUUGUGAAAUUUGCAGAAAAAAAUCUAGAAACGUUAAAUUUUCAAGUAUUAAUGAACACACAAGAAAAACGAAAAUAAGUUGCAGAAAAUAGAUCCGAAUAUAAAUAAUUGCAGAAUUGUUGGGCAGUAAUUGCAUCUCUGUCAUCGAGUAAUAUCAACUUAAAGGACUCGCCAUUAUUAUCUUAGUUAACACGAGAAUUAGAUUUUAAAAGGUCAAUUAAUUUGGAUUUAACGUGCUGCGAUUGUAAAACUCGAACUUGUUCUAUUUCAAACAUUCGCGCGUAUAUGUAUGAAAAUGAAAUAAGAAUAUAAAAUGAAAGUUACAUAUAAUACAAUUGCUUCAUCGCAGAUUAUAUUCUUUGUAACAAAUAUGUGAAAUUAUGAUUUUUGUUGUUUCAUAUAAAAAAAUGGACGAGCAUUUAUACGCAUUAUUAAAAGGAAACUUUGCAUUUGUUUUUUGUUGAACUGCAAGUACAUGACAGAACGAAAAUUAUAAUUUUAUAGUAUAACAAUUAUGUACUUUGUUCUUUGUACUUUGGGUUAUCUUGUUCGUUGUUUGAUACUCAUUAAUCGUUUUUGCUUUUUACUCUUCAACUUUACGUUUGUAAGUAAGCGAUAUAUCGAAAACCGCCUUCUUCCACCUUCUCCCUGAAUUUACCUCCUAGUAAUUUUUUUAUGAACUUUUUAUAUAAGAGUGAGCACAACGAAUCAAGGCGGACAAAAAUAAAUCAUACAUUUAUUCAAAUAAUGUAUUUUAUAUAUGUGUGUAACGAAAUAAUUGUAGCGUAAGUUUAAGAGUAUUUAUUAGUAAUAGUUCAAUUGCUGGUACAAUUUCGCGCCUAAAUAACAACGAUUAAUCGUUACUAAGAUUAAUAAAUUACGGGUGGGUAGCGAAACGCACGGGCAGCGCUUUUAAUAAGUCUAAAAACUUAACUUUAAUAAGUCGAAAAACUUUCUUCAUAGAAAGGAAAAAUGAAAAAAACGAGAGUAGUUGUUACACAUCUGCCGAAAUAGCGCCAAUAUCCUACUAAGAGUGAUUCGUCUUUAUCAUCCGUACUCAAAGAGCAUUGAAACAGGAAAAAAAACAUUUAAAAAAGAAUCUACCAAAAUAUAUGAACAUAAAUAUUAACAGAGAAAUCCAUACCAAACUAAAUGUACAUUGUCCUAAUAAUAAUAUAACAAAUUAUCUAUGUUUUGAACUGUAUUUUUGCAAGUGCAAUAAAGUUAUGCUUGUACAAGAUCUA